GCUACGACCGCUCGACCGAAUCCAGCAUCUCCUUCUUAGCGUAUCGCUGCACCGGACCAAGACACAUACCUGACUCUUGCGUUGGAAAACACCGGAUAGCAGCGAGACAUGUUCGCCCCCCAUGCGAUGUACAUGCAUCAACCGCCUAGUCGACCGACCUCUCGCGCAUCCACCACCCAACCUUUGCCCAAACGAACGGACUCCAUCCAGAAGUCUCAGCUAGCCCAAGGUUCGCAAGGGUCCAAUUCGCAGAUCUUCCUCGCCACUGAGGAUGAUCUGCGCGAUGCGAGGAGGGUCCUCACGCACGGCCAAGAGGAGGAUCUGAAGUAUGGACUCGAACGUAUGAUCAAGCGUGUCGAGGAGCUGACCUCUCUCCUGAAGGCAUCACUUGCAGCUCAAUCCGAACUCGACACAGCUCUCACGCUGGCCAAGUCCAACCUACAAGUCGCAUUGCUGAACAACGAGAUGCUCGAGGAUGCUCUCAAGCAGAAUGGGUCCGGGAAAGACGUGGGCUGGCGCCGGCUCUCCGCUCCGCAACGCAUGGCCAGCGAGCAAGCAGCGCAACAGCGCACGAAAACCGAAGCUUCGCCCGACGGGACGAAAUCGGCGAACGCGUCGCCCCAAAUCACCUCAGCGACGCCGGGGGGAUCACCUCCUCUCCCCUCGGCAGGCCCCAGCGGUUCCCCGGUCGUGACGAACGCAAGCCCGACCACGGCGACGGAAGGCCGGUUCUCGGGCUUCAAGCUCCCCUUCAGCGGGCCGCCCUCGCGGUCUAAUUCCAUCACGCGCUCUCACCUUACAUCUGCAAGUCUACCGUCGCUAGCCCCUGAGGUGGACCAUAGCGAGAUGUUGAGGCGAGCACAAGAGGAGAAGGACGCGGCGCUGAAGGUGGCGAGGCAGGAGGUGGACGAGGCGAAGCGGAGGCUUGACAAGGAGCACGAGGAGCUGCAGAAAGCGAUGAGGGACAAGAAGGCGCUGGAAGAGGAGUUGGAAAGCUUGAGUCAGGCUCUGUUCGAAGAGGCGAACAAGAUGGUAGCGACCGAACGCAUAAAACGUAGCGAGGCCGAGGAAGAGCUGCGCGAGGCCAAGCGCGAGCGCGAGGCCCUCCGCUCGGUCAUCCGGCUCAUGGAGGAGGAGAACCGCAGCGCUCGGGAUCCCAACUCGCACGCGUCGCACUCGCGCUCGUCAUCUGAGAUUGCUCUGAAGUCCCCACCAGUACGAUCCGCGAGUCCAGCCUCGAUUGCGCUUCCGUCGUCGAACCGUUCGUCGAUAUCCUCCACCCGCUCGUACGGCGAAGAGGGUGCGCCCUCCAGCGUCGCGUUACCUUCCGCCCUGGACUCCGCCGACAAACCGCCGACCCAUCCCGACGCCGAUCUGGUGCUGAACCCGUUCAUGCGCGUCCAAGCGGCCACGCCUCUCGUGUCCACCUCCGCGGUGACCACGCCCGACGCGGCCGCGGUCGCACGUCCGCCGCUGCUCUCCCGCAUGAGCAGCACCAUCAUCCAGUCCGCCAGUGCGCUCGCCGCGUCGCGCCCCGCGUCGCCGUCGCUGCCCUCCCUCAACCUUUCCUCCAUCUUCCCCGAUGCGACCGGCGACGAUGGCACGAGCCCUUGGGCAGAUGCGCGGAGUAUGAGCCCCCGUCCGCUCGGUGCGGCGUUUGGGAAGCGGGCAGUCACGCCGAGGGAGGUGGGUAGGGAGCGGAGCGCGAGUCGGAGCACGGCCGGGAGCAGGAAGAGCUUCGAGGAGAAGGGGAAUAGGGAUGUGGAGAGGUUGAAGGCGGAGGCGGUGGGGGAACGGCCGGGGCCGACGAGGUCGAUGAGCGCGUAUGAGGUUGGAGCGCUUAUACGGUGAACGCUUGUGGCCAUGCCCCUGGUGUCCUUCUCAAUCCGCUUGGUUUAAAUUCGGAAUCUGUAUGUUUGUGAUAUCGAUGAAGGCAUGAUGAUGCCAGCGCGCUGAUGUGGAUGGUGCACUCCGUAUUGUGCUUGCC